UGUUGAACAGGAUAGCCUCCGAGAUCAUCGCCAAUCAAUUCCUUAUUUUCUCUGGCCCGUCACUCAUCCCGAACCGCUGCUCCGUGCUCUCCUGCCCGUCAUCCCCAUCCCCAUCCCAAAUCCUCUUACUCUUCUUUUUCUUUUCUCUCUCUCUCUCUCUAUCCUGUCGCUCGCCCCCCUCUAUUCAGUGUCCCAAAAUUUGUCUUCCCAUUCGCCUGUCACACAUAGCGCGGGAACCUGAACAAGCUACUGGGCUCCCCUGACCCCCUACCUCGUAGCUUGCCGGUGCCAGAUGCCCCAUGCGCGGCCACGGCUUGGCAGCAUCGCGAUCGGCCGGCUUACACAGUGCAGGCAGUACAUAGAAUACCUGUCCUAUCCUGUACCAGUGCCGCUAGGUUGAUUGUAUGCGCGCACUCCCAGAGGCUGCUGUGGGGUCAUUGGCCGGUUGUCGAAUACCGACUGAGAUUGCGCCUUCCGCUUUCUUCAUCUCGGUUGAUGAAUUUGUAUUGAACAGUACGAUCCGUACAUAGAUAUUCCAUCUCUUUUCGCCAUCCACUUCACCUUUGCCUUGCUUGCCGCUGCCAUGCGUCCCCCCAUGCAUGCAGGACAUGGUUUGCGCCAUCGCUUGCUAUUGGCACACCUUUCCCACCAAUGCACAACACCCGUACCCCAUUAUGCUUGGCCUGUAAACGGUGAAUCGCUGUCGCUGUUUGUUUGCCUUCUUCUUCUUCAAUCUCUUCUUCUGUUCAGGCCUUCGGCUGUGCCGCACCUUUGCGCUUGCAGAUGGCUGCCAUCGGCGUUGCUUCCAUCUGCAGCAGCUGCUGUGGGGAAAUGUUUGUUGAUGCAGACCCACUGCCGCAAUGGCUAUGAUUCAAUGCCUGCCUGUGCCCCCCUCAUGGAAUGCCAUGGCAUUCUGGCCACAUGGGGCUGCUUGCCUUAGCCUAGUCCCCAUUCCACUGCUUCGGAUAAGCCCAACCCCCAAAAAUUAUUUAUUUUUUGGCUCGACGUCAAAGGUGUCUGGCAAUGAAUGACAUGGCCAACCCUAUUCCAUGACAACGCCAUGAGCCCAAAGGCAAACACGUCCACAGCCCGUCACUUCGGAGCCGCCCUUUGGUCCGCAUCUUACAACUCCAUGUGCUGUUGUACCGUUCCGGCGCGCGCUUAGCUGCCCACUCCCGACCAAGUUUCGCCCGCCUCACAACCUGACGUCACAAACUUCGAUCCUUCCAAAUGACAGGAGUGUUGCCCGCGUGGGCGAGACUUUUUUUUUCUUCCACUGCUCUCAAACACCAGCGAAACGCUGCUCAUUUCAAUUAGCUCGUCACAUUUUCUCGGCCCAUGCUGAUGUAAGGAUGGUCUCGGUAUCCAUGCCCGAGUGUAGGUCUUAUCGCCAGGUUGACCAUCUUCUAUCUACCCAAAGCUACCAACCAUGCUCAUGUCUCCACUAUCCACACAGCUGAUACAUUUCAAACACUAAACCAAAAGUCAUCCAACCGCCUUUUGUUCCAGUCAUAAUCUUGUCCAUUUCUUCUUGCAUAGCAUAAUUCCCCAUCGUCCGUCGUGCACAAAACGGUCCAUCAAUCCAUUGCGUUGAAGCCACCUUGGUCUCAUACCUCGUUCGGCUCCGAUUACCGGCAUGCCCUUUUUGGAGCUGAAAACAUGUCCCUUUAUUCAUUGACAAGUCUCCUGCACUUUCACCAGUCUUCACAGCACAUAUUGCUUGGUUAUUCCAGAUCACAACCCGAUGGCAAUGCCCUUGACAAUCCAUCGCCAUAUCUGCUUCUUUUCUUUAUCCAACUUCUUCCUCCGCCAACAAAUGAGCGCAAUAGUUGUGCAAGUAUGGGUUCAACAGAACAAUUUCUAGAUGCUUCCGAGGUACCCCUCAUGCUGCAGGAGGUAUUUGUCUUGAACGUGAAUUGUUGUCCAUCAAUUGUCUUGAAAUUCGGUUUGUAGGAUUGUAUGUGGUGAAUGCUCUAAAUUUGGAUUAGCGUAGGGUCCAAGCGUUCUCGUGAAGGUCGGAGGCGGUGGUCGUCAUGUUGCCUCAAGCUGUCUGCCUACAGCAACACCACCUCGUCCGUCUAUCGAGUAUCAUCGGAAUCGUUAGAACGACCUCUGAAGAAGAAUAUUUACCAUACGCUACACCCGUCUGUCCAUUCCACAGCGCCCGCGCUCGCUUGACUGCUUCAGCCUCCGGUACAACUCGUAACCACCGACACAAUGGCCGACACGGCAGCACAACCCAAGCCCAGUAGCAGCGUUAAGCUGGUGCUACUCGGGGAAGCCGCCGUUGGAAAGUCCUCACUUGUUAUGCGCUUCGUGAACAACGAUUUCCAAGAGAACAAGGAGCCCACAAUAGGCGCCGCAUUCUUGACUCAGAAAUGCAACCUCCCCACCCGGACCAUCAAGUUUGAAAUUUGGGAUACCGCAGGCCAAGAACGUUUUGCCUCGCUGGCACCCAUGUACUACCGCAACGCCCAAGCCGCGCUCGUCGUAUACGAUAUCACGAAACCCUCCUCUCUCACCAAAGCCCAACACUGGGUCUCAGAGCUACACCGACAAGCCUCGCCGGGCAUCGUCAUAGCGCUUGUAGGCAACAAGUCCGAUCUGGCCGCUGCCGCUGGCGAGGAAACCGCAGAAGAUGCAGACGCCGCGCCGACUGCUGAUGGAGAGGAGCCUGCUGAGGAAGACGGCGCAGACGCGAGGAGAGUGCCGGCCAAAACCGCAAAGGCGUAUGCGGACGAGGAGGGGCUGUUGUUUUUCGAGACCAGCGCGAAGACGGGCCAGAAUGUCGCCGAGGUGUUCACAGCUAUCGCCAAUGCUAUUCCCGAAACUAGCUUGAAGGGCCCACGUGGUGUAGGCGGGCAAACGAAUCUAGGACGGCAAGAGGAUGCGAGGGUGAAUCUGGGUAGCGCUCGGCCGGAAGGUGCAAAGGAGGGUUGUGCAUGUUAGCGAACGUGUGGGGAAAGGAGGGGAAGCAGGGUUGCAGAGCUGGUUUUGGUUUCCCUUUUUUUGUAAAGGACAAUCGAGGGAGGACGAGAGGGUGUUUUAUAUGAAGUCGUCUCCCUCGUUUCCAGUACGGUUUUUCCACUAGUCUAUAAAGACAGCACACAGUGCGGUUGCGUAUCUCCCUCAUGAUUUGGGCAAGCUCGAUUUCUGUCCGUCCGUCUUUGUUCGUAGCAGUGUAGCUGCGUCGAAAUCCUCUUGAUCAGAGUACUUGUGUUAUACAUAACUACACCAAUCUGUGCAAUGUGAAUAUCUUAACACGUUUCGCCUGACCUUCACGCAAUGUAUUCAACAGAUGGUUUUUACACAUGAUGGCCAGACACAUGCUCGAGAAGGAGGGAGAAACGUAUUGAUUGUAAAGAAGGCAGCCCGUGGUUGUUGUAGUUGUUCAGAAUCUGAUAAAUAAAUAAAAAACAAUAGCUUUACGCAGCUCCUUCCGUGCCCAACACUCCCAAGCACGCGCCGACGACAACAAAACAACAACAACAAAGCAGACGGGCAAGACGGGAAACCCACAGCGCGUCGGCACACUAUACAACUCCACUCCAGCCAGAAAAACGAAAUCCAAAAUCCCGACAUUCCA